GUCCCUUUCAAGUUUGGGGUCUAUAUUUUGGCAAAAUACUUUGGGGGUAGCGAGCGAGGAUGGACGAAUUGUAUAAAGGUGACACAUAGGGAGCUUUGCAUGCUGAACCAAGUGCGAAGCGGCCACGCAUAUCUGCCCAUACCUCCAGUCCAUCCUCGUCAUCCUUUGCAUGCUUCUCAACGUCCUCUCCCACUCCCACCUCCUCCAUCAUCUCUCUCUUUCUCUCUCCUCUUUAUAUCUCACCUUAUUCCAUUUCCCUUUUCUUUCUCCAUCACAACAAUAUUCUUCCUCUUUCUUUUAACCUUCGAUGGCCGAUCUCGUCUAGACUCUAGAGAGGAGAGAUACUUCAUACUUUCUUAAUUUUCAUAUUACUCUAAGUUAACAAGGAUGUCGAGUCUGUGUGCAGAAAACCACCAGUCGUUCCUUUCCGGGAAGAAAGGUCUCGGAGAUAUCGACGCGCAAUCCGGGAAGCUCCUCAGUCGGCGGGUCAAGCUAACCGUCUCGUCUGACACUAGUCCUGAUCUCUUCGGAGAUGCUAUGGAAAAGCCCAGUUUUGAAGAAACUCAUCAUCUCGUGCACAAAUUCUUGCCUUACAAUGGUGGGGACGAUGAUGAUUCCGAUCCCUACUCAAAUGAUGAGUUCCGUAUGUACGAAUUCAAGGUGCGUCGGUGCAUGCGCAGUCGUAGCCAUGACUGGACUGAUUGCCCCUUUGCUCACCCCGGCGAGAAGGCACGACGCAGGGACCCCCGCCGUUUUCAUUACUCCGGUAAUGUCUGCACGGAUUUCCGUCGCGGUGGGUGCCGCCGCGGCGAUGCUUGUGAGUUCGCUCAUGGGGUCUUUGAGUGCUGGCUUCACCCGGCCAGGUACAGGACUCAAGCCUGUAAAGAUGGUAAGAACUGUAAAAGAAAGGUUUGCUUCUUCGCUCAUACAUCUCGUCAGCUGCGUGUGUUGCCUCUUCGUUCCGUCGAAACUCAGACGUCCCCCUCUCCCACUGUUACCUCACCUCUGGGCCACGACAAAUACCCAAUUUCCGUCUUUUCUGAUGCCAAUUCUAACCACUGUUGCGUUUUCUGUCACUCCGCUGCUUCAUCCCCGACUUCUACUUUGAAGGAUUUCUCUCAUUUAUCUCCUCCAUUGUCACCGACACUUUCUCCUCCACUCUCCCCUGACGGCAGCCUCGGAAACGAGGGAUCGAUGCGCGGUUUCUCUCCGCUCUCUCGAUAUAAUGAACAUAUUGAUCCAAUUGCUUUGAACCAAUUUCUUCUUGGGCCUUUAAAUUACAAGGGUGCUCUUUCAGAGCUUGUGAGUUCCAUGGAAGCCAUGGAUCUCAGUUCGACUUCUCCAACCUGUGUAAACAAUAGAUACCUUUCAUCCUCAGCCAACUUCGAGGAGCAGCAACAGUUCGUUCUCUCACCUUCAAACCCACAAUCAUCUUUUGGGUCAGGAAAUUACUUUAACGAAGAUUGUCUGAGCAACGGUUUCACAGACGAAAAAACCAACAACAAUGGUCGCUGUUAUCCCGAUCUGGACUGGGUGAACGAGCUGGUGAUGUAGAUGACGACAGAUGAUCAUCAAGUCAUGGUGUACAAAGGGUCGUAAAUAUAUACAGCAUAUAUAUAUAUAUAUAUGCCAUUGGUGAUCAACUGAUCAUUGUUUCUGGUAUCAAUUUUCUUUUGGGGUCAAUAUGUAUCAAGCUCUCGAACUUAACAUCUUCGAGUGUCUGUUUGUAAUUUUGUUCGUUUGCUUCUCUGGUCGUUUGUCUUUCGCUUUGUUGUUUGGUGGAAUAAGCAUAUCAGCCCCACUGAAGAUGUAACCUAGCUACAUGUUUAGACUAUUGUGCUCUUAUGGUGCUUAAUAUUUGUUUAA